CCAUCAUGGGCAAAAAUACCGACAAGCUCUACAUCACUCACUCGGAAUGGGCCUCUGAAGACUCGUUCGGCACCAGCCGCGGCUUCAACGCGUCAAAGUCCAAGGCCGUUGGCUCCUCGUUCAAGCGGCUACCCUUCAACUUUUGCGCCGUCUCCCUCCAGCCCUUCACCGAUCCCGUCUGCACCGCCGCAGGCACUAUCUUCGACCUCACCCAUAUCCUCACCUGGCUCCAGAAGCAUGGCACAAACCCCAUUGACGGCUCACCGCUGAAACGCGCGGACCUCAUUACCCUCAACUUCGCGAAGAACGAGGACAACGAGUACGUGGACCCGGUCACGUACAAGGUCUUCACGGAUAAUACUCACAUUGUCACGCUGAAGAAUACCGGGAAUGUCUUUGCCUGGGACACGGUCGAGCGGCUGAACAUCAAGGCGAAGAACUGGCGCGAUCUGGUCAGCGAUGACGAGUUCUCGCGCAAGGAUAUCAUCACGCUGCAAGAUCCGCAAAAUAUCGAGUCGCGGGAUCUGAGCGCAUUCAAACAUAUCAAGGAUGGGGAGGUUUCGGCGCAGGUUCCCGAGGAGAGCAACGUAAACGCGGACGCGCUCGGGAGUGCUGGGAAGAUUUUGCGCGCGAAGGAAGCAGUCGCAAAAGCUCGCACAGACAGGCAGGCAAAGGCUCAGGCCAGCAAUGAUGCCGUUGCCGUUGCGAAAGCAAAGAAUGCGACCGCGACACACUCCGCAGCGCAAGGAUCGAAACCGAAGCCUUACAAUGCCGCCCAAUACACCACCGGCAAAGCUGCCGCGUCUUUCACCAGCACCGGCUGGACGCCACAUACCUCGGCCGAGCGCGCCGUCCUGUCCGAAGAAGACUACAUGCUGCGACCAAAGCGCGUAAAGCAGAAAGGAUACGCGCGCAUCUCCACGUCCCUUGGCGACCUCAACAUCGAACUCCUCCCUGAAUUCGCCCCGAAAGCCGUGUGGAAUUUCGUACAGUUGGCGAAAAAGGGAUACUACAAGGGCACACUAUUCCAUCGGAAUAUUAAGAACUUCAUGAUCCAGGGCGGUGAUCCAACUGGCACAGGAAAGGGUGGUCAGAGCUGCUGGGGCAAGCCAUUCAACGAUGAGCUCGAAGGACCGCUAUUGCACAACGCAAGGGGAGUUAUAAGCAUGGCGAAUAAGGGCAAGAACACGAACACAUCGCAAUUUUUCAUCCUGUAUCGGCAAGCAUCGCAUCUGGACAGGAAGCACUCCAUCUUUGCCAAGGUUGUUGGAGGGCUGGACACCACUCUCACAGCCAUGGAGAAUGCUAAGACAGGAGAGAAAGAUAGGCCGGAAGAGGAUCUCAUGAUUCUGGAUGUCGUGGUUUUUGUGGAUCCAUUCGAGGAGUUUCGAAAGGAGCGAUCGGAAAAGGAGGACAAGGAGAGGGAAGAGGAGGAGAUCCGGCUACAAGGAGGAAGAGAGGACGAUAAGACUCAAAGCGGCGAUGCAAGAUGGCGGAGCGUCCAAGGCGGAAGACGAGAUCAUUGGGCACUGGGAUGAAGUGGAGCAGCCGGCCAAGAAGAAAGUCAAGUCUGAUGGCUUCGGCAAUUUCGACAGUUGGUGAAGCAAGUAGCGGCGAACCACGAUGUUUUGCAUAGCGUAGGAGUUACGGCGUUACAACUUCAAAUGCAGCAUUCAACGGCAUCUGGGAUUUGAUCUCUAUCAAUUCAAUGCGCAUGAAAUUUCUUCUUCUCUCAUGAUCAAUUCUAGAUGUUUCCAUUUUCCGGUGCGAGCAGACAUCUGAAGAGGGAGGGUCUUCAGGUGCUAAAGGAGUUUUUCAUCACAUCACCAUACCUUCUAGAAUUUGUUCCAAUGUCGAUUCCAAAGUGUCCAGGA